CUAGAGUGGCUCUCCUUAUCGAAGUAUAACCUUCACGAUUGGUUUCACAGUUAGGCUAUAUAUUUUUAUAACGCGACACAGCGAAUAUUGAAAAUUAAUAUUUGAUCGAUCAAAUAAACUAAAAUCCAGUAUGGUUUUUCUAUCGCCAAGUUUGUUAAUAAGAUCACGCGGACCCGAUGAAUUCUGGCGCAAACGAAAAAUCUUCAAGUUAGCCGCGCAUUUCAUUGGUAGAAGCAGAAAUUGUUACAGUAUAACUAUCAGAAACGUACAUAGAGCUCUAACAUACAGCACAAUAGGCAGGAAAAUGAAAAUACAGGAUAUGAAAGAGUUAUGGGAGCAACGGCUAGAAGCUGCCACAAGUCAACACGGCAUGAAAUUUCUGACGUUCAAAGAAGCGUUAAUUAGAUGCAACAUUUUCUUAAAUCGAAAGACGCUGACUGAUCUAGCAAUUUGGGAACCUCGAUCUUUCAAAUCUAUCACGGACAUCGCCUGUGCGAGAGCAAAGCAGGACCAUUUGAAGGGCGUUGCACGUGGGGAAGUACCAAAGGGUGUCAUCGUAAGGGGAAUGAUUAAAUGAAUUCUUGUAGAAACCGUGUGUAAAAUAACAGACUCUUCCUGACAUUUAUUAUUCUUUCAUAAUUCUAAAUUUUCUUCGUUUCCAUCAAUUAGCUUGAUAAAUAUUACAGAUAGAGAUUGGUAGAUAUGUUACGUUAAUUCUCAAUUUUUUAAAAUAUUCAUUCUGCAACACUGUAGAUAUACUAAAGAGUCAUGUAUACAUUUUGCGUAAUAACAAUGUAACAUGUAUAUAUAUAGUAUUAAGCAGCUACAUCUCAAGCACUUUAAAACUUGAUGAAAAAUAUAUGAAAAAACUGACUA